UAGACGCCCGUAGUUUUCACACUACUCCAGUGUUAUCAUUAUUUUGGAUAAGACCUGCAAAAAAGUACAAAAUUCGGACUAUUCGGACCUAGCAAUUUUGAUGCAGAUGAAAUUGAAGUAAAAGUUUAAAUAACAUGAACAGUUUGAGCGCAUCGUUUAAAAAACUCAUUCUAGAAGACGUGAACCAUGAUCCAGAAGAGGUCGAAUUAAUUUUUCGACUAAUGGAUACAGAUUCAGCAAUAGCAAUUCUGGUUAUUGAAUUGAUGUUGCGAAUUAACCCGCCUCAAGAUGCUGGUUUAAAUCUGGCUCGUAGAAGGUUGACAGUUGGCAAAUUACUGUCAUUUGGAUACUUCAGUGGCGUAAUGUCUUUGGGCAUGGAUUAUAGUGACGAAUGGCUGUUCAUGGAGGAUACCAACAAUACUAAAUAUCUUCUGUUGGGCAACGAUUACCCUGCGGUUUUAUUUUUCGUACAUUCUGUUUUUAAUGCAGUGUGGAUCACACUAUCAUGUGAAACUUCGCGCUGUAGCAGAACAAUAAGAAUCCCUAAUGACCAAAUCCAGAUGUUUCUUGAAGCAGGAGAGCAGAAUUCCGAUCAAAUUCGAUCGAAAAUUGCUACCUUCUUCCGCUAUGCAGCCUCAUAUUUCGGGUUGUAUUUAGAGAAAAUAUUGCGAAAUGAAGUUGGAUCUAUUCGUGCAAAAAAAGACCUAGAAAUUCAUUUUAAUUGAACAAUAGAUUAACUUUAUUCUAAUGACUGAGUGUUUUUUUCGGUGUUCCGAAGUCUUUGUACCUAUACUACUCUGUAUAUUUUUGUUUACAAAAUAUAAAGAUAAAUUUUUUUUCGUA